AUGUGCAAUAAUUCGGACGAAAAAGAUUAUGCCUAUCGCAACAAAGGCGAAUUCCUUGAUUUAUUAAAUCCAGAAGGCUUUUUAGCUGUCGAUCAACUUAGAAAGUUAUCCUUAACAGGAAUUCCCGAUGAUCUCAGAUCCUCUGUGUGGAAAUAUUUAUUAGGUGUUUCUAUCAGCGACAUCGCUGAGGAGGAGUUUAACCGGAAAGAAAGAGCACAGCAGUACGCCUCGCUUUUUCGCGAAUAUUCUGAAGAUCUUAAAUUUAUUAAAGUAGAGAUUUAUCGCUAUCGUAGCGAUAUUCCCCUUUUUUCAGAUCCCAACGUGCAGAAAACAUUUAUAAAUGUCAUCACGAGCUACCUUACGCAGAAUCCACAGCUACGCUACACGGCUUCUCUCGUGCAUCUCUGCGGUCCUCUGAUUUACGUAUACUUGCACUCGCCAGACACCGAGUUGCCAAUCCCGAAGCAAAUUUGCUCCUUUUGCGAGCCUUUUGUAUACUACUCUUUUCAAUCUUUGCUCUCCCGGCUGAAAUUUGAUGAAGACUUUGAAGAUUAUUUUAGAGAGAUGCUCGGAAAUUUAAUAAAUUUGAUGCGAGAAUUGAUUCCUGAACUACAAUCCCAUUUCGACGAUGAGGAACUGGAGCUAAAGGAUUGGGCACACUCAUGGAUUCGGUCGCUCCUGGCGUACGAGCUGCCCAUGUGCUGCCUCCUCCGCCUUUGGGACACGUACUUUUCCCACGAGGACGGACUUGGUCUACACCCGUACGUUUGUUUGGCAAUUUUAGUUAAUUUGAAAGAAGAUUUAGAAGAGCUUGACCACUCGGAUCUGCUACGUUCGUUACGGAAGCUUCCGGAUAUGGAUAUGGAUAAGGUGGUGAUCGCGCAGGCUUUCAAUUUUAAGUUUGAAAUUACCGGGAAAAAUAUUCUUUAAAAUCACUUAAAGUUUUUUCAAAUUACUUUAAGAAAAAAGUUGGUACCAACCAGAAGCCCACCUGAUUUCAUUAUUUUUUAUUAUAAAAAUUAUAAUAUAAAAGUAUUUUAGUAUACUUUUUUCAUAUGUUCAACC